AUGGGUGUAUUAGAGAAGAGUGAAUCGGGAUCAUCGGAUUCAGAGACUACAGGCUUUUUUCGAAGAAGCGGUUCUGAAGAAAAGGAUGAGAAAAAAGGAAAGAAGAACAGCUCUAUCACCACCAUCCUAUCCAUUUGGAACUGCAUCAUGGGAUCCGGACUUUUGACCAUGCCCUGGGCUUUUGAAAAAGCUGGAUUCGCUCAAACCAUGGUUAUCAUGGUCCUCUGCGGAGUUUUUUGCUACUACACUGCUUAUCUUUGCAUCAAACUUGCCGACCACCAACGAAAGAAAGGCGAACCCCUUCCCGAAUUCCAGACAGUUUGUAAAAUCUACCUCGGCCCAUGGGGAGAAUAUAUUGCGCUCUUUGCGGCUGACGUCAUCGUCAUCGGCGCGUUGACGGUUUAUUACGUACUAAUGGCUAAGUUUCUUUACGGCGCCGGGAUGUCCAUUUACGAGCUCAGUACUAUGCCUGAAGGAAGCGAGAUUAAAACUUACGUCGACCCGCCAAAAUGUAUCGCUUACCAAGAAAGCCGACUCGGUCUUCCGUUUUCACCAGCUGCCCAAGAAACCGGUGACGAAGAGACUUUCUCCGCUGCUUGGCAAAAGAACGCAACAAUCCCGCUUUAUAUCCUCGUUGUGUUCUUCCUCACCAAUAUCAAAAACGUUACUUUCUUCGCCAAGUUCUCUGCCUUCGGAACUUUCACAGUCUUCCUGAUCUUUUUCGUCACAAUCUACAAGGGCGCUCAGUGGGGUUUCAGUGACAAUGUCGAUUUCGUCAAUACAACUUCAAUCCACUACGUCUCACAAUUCAAAGCUACAGGAACCGCUGCUCUACCUGGAGUUCUAUCGAUGGGAUAUUUUGUACAUUCAGCUGUUUGCACUUUGCUGAAAGACAACAAGAAUCAGGAAAAGAACGCUCGUGAUCUUGGCAUCGCCUACAUCCUCGUUUUCAUCACCUACACUGCCCUUGGACUCAUCUUCUACCUCUCUUAUCCUGGCUGGAAGGGAUGCAUCUCAGAUAUGUUCAUCGAGAACUUCGACAAGCGAGAAUGGAUUGUGCCAAUGAUGGACAUUCUCAUGUUUAUCCGAAUCCUGACUGUCUAUCCUCUGCUCACCUAUUUUAUCCGCUGCCAGAACUUCCUCGUUUUCAGCAAGACCGAAUGGCCUGGAUACCCGAAAGUCGCCAUGGUGAAUUUCUUUAUCGUCGCCCUUGGAUAUUUUUGCGCUACCUUCUAUGACAAGAUUGGGAAUAUCAUUCGAUACAGUGGAAGCUUCUGUGCGAUGAUCUACAUGUUUUUCUUACCCUGCGUUGUCUACAUGGUGCAUCAAAAGCAAACCCUCGGCAAAGUACCCAUCUCUUCCUAUCUCAUCCACGGUGUUUUGAUCCUCAUCGGCAUUGCCAAUUUCAUCAAUCAGUUCAUCGUCAAAGACCCAUACGAUGAGUUCGUUGGAAAUACCACAGUUGCCGCUUAG